GAAGAACCUCAUUUGGGAAGGAAUCUGAGUUGAAUGGAAAUCGUUUAAAAUUUUAAAUACAAUGAAUUUGAAACGAUUCUCGGCUUCCAGGCAAAAGGGAUCCGAUCAGUUUUUUGAUCAAACAGAGCAUCGAUUCCUUGCUGCUUCGCAGGCAAGCAACCCUUCGCUGCUAAUAAACCCCUUCACUUCUGCAGUUCAGCACAAUACAUUCAUUCUCUCUGUUAAAUCUCCAGAUCAAAACCCCAAGAAAAUCCUCCAUGUCUAUGCUUCUCGGCCCUCCGGAACUCUACACCUCACCUUCUUCUGCUGCCGCCCCGCCGGAAAAUGAUCUCGCCGACUCCUUCAUGCAUCUGAUGCUGAAAGGAUUUAACGCAGCUGGAAACAAUGUCAUAGGAAAGCCGGUGAUGGGCAGGACGGAGAACGAAUCGCAUACCUAUCUCUCCACCGGAAACCCAUGCUUAGACUUCUUCUAUCACGUCGUCCCGGACACUCCGGCUGGCACCAUCGACGAAUUGCUUCUGAACUCGUGGGCUCACAAUCCCCUGACGACGCUCAAACUCAUCUGCAAUCUCCGGGGAGUCGGCGGCACCGGGAAAUCGGACAAGGAAGCCUUCUACGCGUCCGCGCUGUGGCUUCACUCGCACCACCCCAAAUCCCUAGCUUGCAAUUUGGAGGAAAUCGCGAGUUUCGGAUACCUCAAGGAUUUACCGGAGAUUCUCUACCGCCUUCUCGAAGGCGGCGACGUUCGUCAAAAGGAGCAGCGACGAUAUCGGAGGGAAGAAAAAAAGAUCAAGUACAUACGUUUUGGAGGUAAGAAGAAGAAGAAGCUUAAUAAGAAACAACAGAAAAAGAUGAAGAAGAAGAGGAUGCUUUUGACGGAGGACCAAAAGGAAGCAAAGAAAUUAAUGAUCCAGAAGAGGAUGGAAGAGGAGAAGGCGAAUGCGAAGCUCAAACGAGAAUCGAAGACGAUCGAGAAGGCAAAAAAGGUCAUCCAGAGAUACAAUCGCGACGCCGAUUUCAGAUACUUCCACGAUCGAGUUUCAGAUCUAUUUGCGAAGUUUCUUAGGAGAGAUUUGGAAACCCUAAAACAGGGGUCUUCUCCGAAUCAGCUCAGCGAGGCUGCAAUUUGGUGCCCUUCUCUAGGCUCAUCCUUCGAUAGAUCCACUCUGUUAUGCGAAAGCAUCGCCAGGAAGCUCUUCCCGAGAGAAGACCACCAUGAAUACCAGGGAAUUGAGGAUUCACAGUACGCCUACCGCGUCAGGGAUCGUUUGAGGAAGGAAUUCCUCGUCCCUCUCCGUGAUGCUCUCAAAUCGCCGGAGGAUUCAAAGGAUUGGGAUAUUCUCCUCCCUCACCAGAUCGCCAAAUCACUUUCCAAUGACCAUGAAGGUGCGCUUGCAGAUUUACGGUGGAACAGAAUGGUGAAUGAAUUGAGCAGCAAUGGAGUGAAGAAGCUUAAGAAUUGUCUCUCAGUCUGUGACGUUUCUUUUGCCCUGGAUUGGCAGGAGAUGCCUGCGGCUUCAUUAGAGGCAUGUUUGGCUCUCGGUGUCCUAGUUUCGGAAUUGAGCGAGGAGCCAUGGAAGGGGAAGCUCAUCACCUUCAGUGAAAAACCACUUCUUCACACGAUCAAAGGAAACAACAUUCUGUGCAAUGUAGAUUUCGUGAAAAACAUGGAAAUAGAAUAUACCAAAGAUUUUCAAAAAGUAAUCGACAUGAUCUUGGAAGUGGCUGUGAAUGGGAAUCUGAGGGAGGACCAGAUGAUCAAGAGGCUGUUUGUGUUCAGCGACAUGGAGUUCAAUGAAACGCCGUCAUUUACCCCGGAAACGGAUUACCAGGCGAUGGAGAGGAAGUUCCGGGAGAAGGGGUACUGGAACUGUGUGCCGGAGAUCGUGUUCUGGAACUUGAAAGACUCAAAAUCGACGCCGGUUUUGGGGAAUCAGAAAGGGGUGGCGUUGGUUAGUGGGUAUUCACACAAUGUGCUGAAGGUGUUCUUGGAGAAAGAGUUGAUUAGUCAUCCUCUUGCGGUCAUGGAGUUUGCCAUUUCAGGAGAUGAGUACAAAAAUCUUGUGGUAAUUGAUUGAUUUCGACUCUAUAAGAGGGAUCCUGUGUCUCUCCUUUGCUUAGUAGUAAGGUAAGGUGUCUAGCUUUUGGAAGCUAUUUGAUAAAAAAAUCUUGCAGGUUCAAAAUUAAUUCAAGAGUUUUGUAGCUCUUGUGCAAAAAUUGCAAAAAGACAUGAGUGUCUUUACGCUUAUGAAAAAAAGAAAACUGGAAAGAUGUUUUCCGAUUAAUACAACUCCGUAUUCCGUAAUAUUUUAAAAAAUCGGAUUGCCAAUGGGUAUCCUGCUGCUAGAAGGUGAAGGACACACAGUUCGCUCACCGUUAGUGCCGCCGGGAGGCUUGGAGUACUGCCGUGUAGUUGCUUUGAGGUUGCCUUGGGAUGAUUUCUGGUUUGACCGAAGCGGGUGAAGGUGCCGCUUACUAUCUGCUCACUGCCAUGGGAGGUUUGUCGUACUGCUGGAGUAAGAUUUUCGUCGACGUUCAAACUUGCUCCUCAUCGUUGACUGAUUGGCGAGAGAACAACAGUGAAUGUGUUGAAAACGUUUUUGGAAGGUGACGGCAUGAUUGAUCAUCUUGUCAUAAUGGAGUCUGCCAUUUCUGGGGAAGAGUAUAUAGAAUUCUUGAUGUCUCUGAUUGAUUUGAUCAUCCAAGUAUAAAUAACAUGGGAAAAAUUUGCUCUGGUCCAAAAUCUGCUUCGACUCUUUUUAGCAAAAUAAUGCUACUUCCUGCGAAUUUCCUUAUGGAGAAUCUCUUGUAUCAGUAAAUCACCUUGACUCCAUGAAUUUGCAUCAAUAUUACUAGCAGUUUAGUUUGAUCAUCUUCUUACUACUGGUUUUAUUUGAGUGUAUUAUGUAUCGGGGGUUCCAAUUUAGUAGGUUGUAGACAUGCACCGUUUACUAGCUAUUUUACUGCUAUGGAUCAAUUUUAGUUCAUCUAAACUAGGCUUCUUAUGUAUCAUCAUGACAUAUGACAGAAAUAGACACCCCUUGACCGCCUGUUUUUUUUCUUAUUCUCACUGUAAUUUCACUCGAUCCUACUUACGC